UGGUUCAUGUGUUCGCGCCGGGCAGGGCAGGACAGGCGCCGCGGGAAAUCCUCUGAGAUUCAUGUAAUUGAGGUCUGAACCUCGAAGAGGCCCAUGGAGAGCCUUGACAGCUCCUCCCAGGACUGGUGCCACAGUAAGCAAUACAGGUUUGAGAUCGGCCCCCCGGACUUGCUGGAGCGCAAGGGCUCCCUGACUCUCCGCUCCCAGCACAAGAAAUACUCGAAACCCGUGUUGGUGUAUUCCUGGCACUGUGACAGAGAAUCUUUUCCCAAAGAUUAUGACAUAGAGGGUCCUGAGGAAGUAAAAAAAUUGUGUAAUUCAACAUAUCGGCGACUUGGAUGUGAUGAACCCCCAAUUUGGAUAUCGGAAACACAUGAACAGAUGUCACAAGUUUAUUUAAACAAAGAAUUGGCUGAAAUAAAGAGCAAGGCCUUGUUGAAUGAGGAAACAAUGAGCUCUGGGAUUAUUGAAAGGGUGACUGGAUUGCCUGCCACAGGCUUUGGAGCUGUCUUGACUAGACAUCCAGCAGAUCGAAGCAAAAUGUGUGCAUUGACCACUUACUCUGAAGAAUUUGCUCCACCACAUGAUUAUCAACCACGUGGUUAUCCCUGUCAAGACGAUUAUUCCAUAGUCCACAGGAAAUGCCGUUCACAGUUCACAGAUCUAAAUGGAGCCAAAAGAUUUGGCAUCAACACUUGGCAUGAUGAGAGUGGGAUUUAUGCUAAUUCAGAUGUAAAACAAAAACUCUACCCAUUGACGUAUGGUCCUAUUGUCCCCUUUUUAAAAUAAUAUAUGGAAUCAAAUUCUCUGACAAAUGAAAGAGUAAUGGAUGCAGCAGUUGAUGGUUUUCUAUCUUAACAAAUGCAAUAGAAGUGUUACUAGAGUA